AUGUCUUAUGAAAGAGGUGGUGUACCUUUAUACAUGUCACAUCUAGAGAAUAUCGGAAAACGUGACGUGUCUAAACUCGUGAGAAGAUACAAGGACAAGAACGAGCCCAUCUCAUGUCUGAUCAAUCAUCCCUUCAUUCCAUGGGUCUGCGAUGUGGCGGAAGAGUUCAACAUUCCGUGUGCACUUCUCUGGGUCCAGUCUUGCGUUUGCUUCUCUGCUUAUUACCAUUACCAAAAUGGCGCUGUUUCUUUUCCGACAGAAACAGAACCUUGGCUUGAUGUUAAGCUCCCUUGCGUUCCUCUCUUGAAACACGACGAAAUCCCUAACUUUCUCCAUCCUUCUUCUCAAUUUGCCGGAUUGCGACAAGCGCUUCUUGGACAAUUCAAGAAUUUGAGGAAGCCCUUCUGUGUUCUAAUCAACUCCUUUGAUGCCCUAGAACAAGAAGUGAUCCACUACAUGUCUACUUUAUGUCCAAUCAAAACUAUUGGACCGCUUUCCAUUUUUGCUAAGGCGGUGACCUCUGAUGUAAGUGCUGACAUGUGCAAACCUUCGAAUCAAUGCCUCGACUGGUUAGACUCAAGACCAAAAUCAUCCGUUGUCUACAUUUCUUUCGGGACGGUUGCAUACUUCAACCAAGAACAAAUGGAAGAGAUCGCUCACGGAGUUUUAAAAUCGGGUUUAUCGUUCUUGUGGGUGAUUAGACCUCCCAUGCAAGCACUAAAUCUCAAGACUAAUGAAUUGCCUCAAGAACUACUAGAGGCGACUAGUAGAUGUAAAGGAAAGAUUGUGGAUUGGUGUUCACAAGAGCAAGUCUUGGCUCAUCUAUCAGUAAUGUGCUUCGUCACUCAUUGUGGAUGGAAUUCGACAAUGGAGGCUUUGUCUUUUGGAGUUCCAGUGGUUUGUUUACCCCAAUGGGGAGAUCAAGUCACCAACGCAGUUUAUCUCGUUGACGUUUUCAAGAUGGGAGUUAGGCUUGGUCGUGGAGCGAUGGACGAUAGGGUUGUGCUUAGGGAGGAAGUGACAGAGAAGCUUUUGGAAGCGACAGUUGGGGAUAAAGCGGAGGAGUUGCGGAAAAAUGCUUUGAAAUGGAAGGGGAAGACAGAAGCCGCAGUGGCUCCUGGAGGAUCAUCAGAUAAGAAUUUAUGGGAGUUUAUGGAGAAGUUAGGUGUGGGAUUUUCAGAGGUUAAUGUACUUAAUUCGCAAGAAAAACCCAACAUGCAUGCAUUAAAGUAUAGAGGGAGUUGA